CCCCACCACUCUCCUUCAACAACCAAGGAGGAGCCACCACCACCACCACCACCACCGCCACCAACUGGAAUCAACACAAAUUGAUCAAUCCACAACAAUAAAUUACUCAAAAGAAAUGCUGCUGAGGAGCGCGUCGUCCCCAAUUUUGAAUUCAUGGCUUCACAACAAUUCAACAACCGGAUCCUCGCCGGAGCCGGAAUCCCUGCUGCAGCUGACGAGGACACGGUCCUUUUCCAUGUCCAUGAGCUACGAGGAAGGGUUCGGCCGGGUCACGCCGACCCGAUUCGACUCCGAUCUCAAGGAUCCGGCGAAGCUCUCCCCGCGGGUGCCGAAGCUGGCGCGGGUGAAGGAGCGGAGGGAGUGGCAUGAGGUCGGGCCCAGCGCCCUGUCCACGGUGGGGUAUCUGGAGAGGCAGGGGAAGCCGCAGACGCUGGUGGUUGGCGGCGGCGUAGGGGGAUGCGGCGGCGGAGGCGUGUGCGGCGGAGGUAGGGGAUCGGAUGAGGGGUCGGGUCCCGGCCGGGAGAGCACAGACGUUUACUAUGAGAUGAUGAUUCAAGCUAAUCCUGGCAAUGCUCUUCUCCUCGCGAAUUAUGCUCGAUUCCUCAAGGAGGUUAGGGGAGAUUUGGUAAAGGCAGAGGAGUAUUGUGGAAGGGCGAUUUUGGCUAAUCCGAUUGAUGGUAAUGUGCUAUCGCUCUACGCUGAUUUAAUAUGGCAGACGCAAAGAGACGCUGUUCGAGCCGAGGCCUAUUUUGAUCAAGCUGUCAAAACUGACCCCAAUGAUUGCUAUGUUCUAGCUUCAUAUGCUCGAUUCUUAUGGGAUGCUGAGGAUGACGAAGAGGAAGAAGAAGAGGAGGAAGAGGAAGAAGAAGUAAACGAUAUGUACGAGAAAAGAAGCAAUCUUUCAUCCAACUUCUUACAAGAGGGAGCUCACUGGCCUCCUAUCGCAGCAGCUUCUUAGUCGGAAACCUAAUAUAGCUACAUAACAUCAAAAUAUAGUAGUCAUCAAGUGCCAAGGAGAAAAUUGUGCUCUAACAUUCUUGAAUCUUGAUGAAAUUUUGCUUCUUGGUAUGUGUCUUAUUGCUCUGUUGUACAUAUUAAAGAAUAGCAAGAUUCUGACUGUAACAUCUCUCUGUAUGAACAAUGUUAUGGUAUCCAUGUUUCUAAUAUAAGUGGUUUAGCUUCCUAUAA